AUGCGCUCUUACCUUGCCCUCUUGUUGCUGGCCUUGGGAGUCAGCGAGUCUCUGGCGGCUUCAUGCACCUUCACGGAUGCUGCUAGCGCCAAGUCCGGUAAAGGAUCGUGUAGUACUAUUACGCUCUCCAACAUCAAGGUUCCCGCCGGGCAGACGCUGGAUCUGACGGGACUUAACUCUGGGACCAAGGUGAUCUUUAGCGGCACCACGACGUUUGGAUACGCAGCUUGGGAGGGCCCGUUGAUCUCUGUAUCCGGGAGCAACAUCGACGUUAGCGGUGCAAGCGGAUCGUUGAUCGACGGCGGAGGAGCACAGUGGUGGGACGGCAAAGGAACCAACGGAGGCAAAACGAAGCCCAAGUUCUUCUACGCUCAUGGACUGACGAACAGCAACAUACGAUACCUCAACGUCAAGAACACGCCAGUGCAAGGAUUCAGCAUCAACGGAUGCACGAACCUGAACGUCGACCACGUCACGAUCGACAACUCGGCGGGAGAUGCCAACGAUCUUGGCCACAACACGGAUGCGUUCGCUCGAAUGGCGUGUUCAUCACCAACGCAAAUUGUUGGCGGCCGAAGUGACAAUACGGUGGAUGGUGUACGCAUCAUUGAUUCGCAAGUGGUCAACAGCGACAACGCGGUGCGAAUCAAGACGGUGUCGGGGGCUACUGGAACGGUGAACAACGUGACGUAUUCCAACAUCAAGUUGUCUGGUAUCGCCAAGUACGGCAUCGACAUCCAGCAAGACUACCUGAACGGGGGACCUACAGGCUCGCCGACCAACGGAGUGAAAAUCAGCAACGUCAACAUCAAGGGCGUCACGGGCUCUGUCAACUCCGGAGCGACUGAGGUGUACAUCUUGUGCGGUUCGGGAUCGUGUUCCAACUGGAAAUGGUCCGGUGUGUCGAUCAGCGGUGGAUCGAAGAGCACCAAGUGCAAAAACGUGCCUUCGCCAGCUUCGUGCUGA